CGGCUUGCGGGAGAGGUAGCGGAGGGGGGGCAGGGGCGUAGCCAGGAAGUGCCGCGCUCAGCCUGCUCCUUUGGCCCGAGGGCAGCCGGGGGCCUGAGUCUGGGCCGGCUGCUGCAGCUGCUGAUCAUGUCGGCUAGAAACCCGGGCACAGAGCUGGACCUUGGCUCAAUCUCAAGAGUGCAAGUGAAUCAACCUGCAGUUAUAAGGCAUGCAGAACAAAUUCAGUCACGAAGAACUGUGAAAAAGGAUUGGCAAGCUGCUUGGCUACUGAGAGCUGUCACCUGCAUAGACCUCACUACCCUGUCAGGUGAUGAUACCCCUUCAAACGUUCACAGGCUUUGUUACAAAGCCAAACAUCCAAUUAGAGAGGAUCUCUUGAGAGCCAUGAAUAUGCAUGAUAAAGGUAUUACAACAGCAGCUGUUUGUGUGUAUCCAGCAAGAGUAACUGAUGCUGUUAAAGCACUCAAGGCUGCUGGUUGUAACAUACCAGUAGCUUCAGUGGCAGCUGGGUUUCCAGCUGCACAGACUUCACUGAAAACCCGAUUAGAAGAGAUUAGGAUUGCGGUGGAAGAUGGUGCAAGAGAGAUUGACAUUGUAAUUAACAGAACCCUUGUGCUGACUGGACAGUGGGAAGGUCUCUAUGAAGAGAUCCGUCAGUUUCGUCAGGCCUGUGGAGAUGCACAUUUGAAAACAAUCUUGGGAACAGGAGAGCUGGGAUCACUUACCAAUGUCUACAAAGCCAGCAUGGUAGCUAUGAUGGCAGGUUCUGACUUUAUUAAGACCUCUACAGGAAAAGAAGCAGUUAAUGCCACCCUUCCUGUAGGCAUAGUCAUGAUGCGAGCCAUUAGAGAUUUCUACUGGAAAACUGGCAACAAGGUUGGAUUUAAACCUGCUGGAGGCAUUCGUAGUGCAAAGGAUGCUCUUACCUGGCUCAUAUUGAUGAAGGAAGAGCUAGGAGAUGAGUGGCUGAAACCAGACCUCUUUCGCCUAGGUGCCAGCACGUUGCUGUCCGAUAUUGAGAGACAGAUUUACCAUCAUGUGACUGGCAGCUAUGCAGCUUACCAUGACCUGCCAAUGGCUUAGCAACAUGAGUAAUUCAUGAUGACUUUCAAAGACAAUUUAAAGAAAAUAAUGCCCUAAAGUUUAUUCUGCAACUGAAUCCAAAAGUGCAUAUAAAAAAGAUUUAAAAAAAACUUAAUUCUGCUUUCAUAUUUUUGUUGUAUUUAAAAACAAGUCUACUUGAUGAUGCUUGCUCCAAAUGGAGGGAUAUGUAGGGGUAGAAAGUAAAUCUGAAAUAGUAAAGAUUUGUGAUACUAAUAUCAUGAGGUCAUCCUCAGUGUAGCCUGAAUAGAAUACCAUAUACAUUGUAAAAAGCAGUCACCUAGUAAUACUUUCCAGUAGUCGAAUAUGAAGUAUAUGUGGAAUGCUGCAGAUUUCUAAUUACUUUCAAGAGCUACAGAUUUUGCCAUAUCAAUUAGUCCGCAGCUUUUGCCAUAGAGACAUUGCUCUAUUAAUUGUUACUUUAAUUACAUUUCAGACACUGUAAUCUGAGGCAAUGAAACUUGGCUAUUUUUAAAAUAAAAUGUCUUUGUAGCCGAAGUGAAAUUUUUCACUGGAACAUUUAUAUUCCUGAUUUCCAGAACAGCUGAGCAACCAUUGUUGCUAUUGAUGUUAAUGAGGUCAGAACAACUGAAAAUCAAGGAAUCUGCAUCUUGAUGCCUAAAUAUUCAGGAGUCUAUUUUUAGAAACUAAAGUUUGAAAAUUUCAACCCCAUUUUCCUGGCAAAACCUAAUUUUUAAAUAUGUUAAUGCAGAACUUUGCAUUUUAAUAUAUAGAUCCAGAGUAUCAGUUUUUAAUGAUGCUGCUGUUCAAGAACUUACAGACUGAAUUUCCAAUUUUGUUUGUCUAAAAACCAACUUACUAUUGACAUUUUAAAUAUGUAAAAAGUAAUCUUAUAGAGGGUUGCUCCCUGUAAAAGAACUGUUUACACUUACAGCACAGUGACAAUACUACCCUACUCAUUAAGUACCUCCUGAUCAAACUUCAGUGAGUUGAAUGAACUGUCAUCACUGCAUUCUACUAAAUUACUAGAAAUAUGCUAAGUUGUGAUUAUCUCGUUACUGUAACUAGUCCCACUGACUUCAAUGGGACUAAUCAUGUGAGUAAGAUUGGAGAGAUUUAGCCCCAUAUCAAUCUGCUUGAUAAAUUCUUCAUAGUUAUUUGCUUUAUUUAAGGCAGGUCCAUACUACAGGAAAAAGUUGAUCUAAGCUACAUAAUUUGUUAGUUGACAUAUCUUAGGUCUGCUUACUGCAGGGUUCACACUAUGCUGGGUUAACAGGAGAGUCUCCCGUCGACUCCCCUUACUCAUCUUGUUUUGGUGGAGUACCUGAGUCAAGGUCCAAGUGAUCAAUGGUCUAUUUAGCAGAUCUUCACUAGACCACCUAAAUCGACCCCCAGUGGAUCAAUCGCUGUGGUGUCAAUUCACAGUAGUGGAAACAGGCCCUUGAUAUUGAUAUUCCAGCAGAAUUCUAGUGCUCUAAUGUAGUGUUAAUGUUCUCUUAGGCAAAUGGAUAAGCCGAACUGUUGGAAAAAUGGAGUACAGCUUUUGCAGAGAUGUAAUCCUAUAUGCAAUGUUUAGUAGUAGGAAAAUAUAUUCCUAACAGGCAAUAGAGUCCAAGUGCCUCUUAACUUUUUCUGGUUUACUCCUGCAGCACACAAGACUCAGCCUCCUAUACUGAGCUGUGGAGCCAUAUUUACAUAAAUUUCUCCUUCUUCUCAAAUAGCUUCCUGUUGACUUUGUCGUAAGCCUCUAUGGAGAGAAAUUCCAGUUGUUGUUUGGAAUACCUUUAUGGCAAAAUUCUACUCUUGUGCCUAAGUGCCCAUGCUGUGGAUGGAGGCAAAGCUAUGGCCCAGUGCAUACACCGCACACUGAAUAGGUGGCAGGCCAGUACAAGGUGCUGUGGGAGUGCUGUCUGCCACCUCCGCCCCCGAUUGCUUGGACUUGCUAUUGUUAAGUGAGUCAUAGAAGUGCAACCUUAAAAUGUACACAGCAUAUUACUAUACUUUUAUACCAAAUGGAUCAUUUUUGAGGAGGAAAAAAAAUGUAGCUUCAAUGUGAAGACCUUCCAAUCCCAAUAUUUUGGCCCAAAGCUAUUUUUAAUUGCUCAAUUUCAGAUAUUUUUAAAGAAUUUAUGUAUAACAUGAGGAGUAAUAGCAUUCUGAGAUCCAUAGAUGAAGAGUGUGAUAUAGGUGCAGAUAUGAUCAAAGGACCUGAUGCUGCCACCUUAACCACUCAACAUGAGUAUCUUGUUUUGCAAGUAUUCUCAUUGAUUUCAGUGAGGCUACUCAUAUAAUUAUGUCCUACUUUAGCCUGAGUAAGUGGGGUGGAAUGUGGCUCAUCAAGCACACCGUGAUGAGUCAGGCAUAGGAUAAUUAGAUGCCAAGGAAAAUUGCACGUGUUUCUGUCAGUACACUCCAAUUCUUGACCCGCAAUGCCUGCUGUUCCAGGUUUCUUUUUUGUUUUUUUUCCUCUUUAGACUCCCAUUAUACAGCCACGGAGAUAAACCUGGCUUUAAACACAGCCUUUUGCAUCUCCUCUGAGCCAUCCAUUCUUCCUCAGUCUUUUUCUUUGGGGUAUUAAAAAAGACCCUACUAAAAUAUUGUGCAACUCCUGGACAACCAAUGCUUUGAAAAAGCUGAACUUCUGGAAAGCAACAUCUGCUCACAUUUUAAAUGCUUCUGUCUUGGAAUUUGUGGGAUACUGAGGAAGGAGGAAAAACUAAUAACGAUCAAAUUAAUUACAUUAAAACUGUUUGGUGCUUUGUUUGUGACAAUAAGCAUUCUGCUCAGCAUUGCGUGAUUUGGCCCCAGGUUUAUACUGGCCUCCUCCAGCCUGUCUACUGUUACUGCCACAUUCCAUUUUCUGACAUCUCCCGUCAAGCAAAUUAAGGUCAUAUCGUCACAUGAAUCCCUGAGGAAGGGGAACCCCUGCCUAGGUUAUUAGUAUUGUAUCAGCUGCUUCAGAAAAAAUACAGAGAACACUGCAUGCCUGAAGUCCAGAGAUGGGCCUGAAUGGCAAGUUUGGAACCAUAUCUUAAGAAAUCCGAACUUUGUGAAAGUUCAAAUCCAAGGUUAUGUUCUGCCCAUUAGAGACAUAGGAGCCAACAGUGCAGUUUAGAUCUAAAUACAAACUGUCACAGAGUUCAAGGGAUAUUGUGAUGCAAAGUUUGCUUCAAGUCAUGCUGUAGUUCUAACACGUAAAACCAUUAUUUUUAAGCGAGGACAUUUUCCCUGCCCUGUUAUUGAUUUGGAAUCUUAGCUUACUUUUCUUACGCAUUUCAGUUUCUUUGCAAUAGAGAGUCAAAUGGAAGACUGUAAGCCAAGCUCAGAACCUUUCUAAGCUGUAUCAUGGCAUAACGGAGAUUGUUCUCAAUGUUUAUAUUUCGUGACAAAGAGGAACUUUAAUAGGGAUUAUAGCCAAGGUGUAAAUUUCAGAUUGUGUAAAUUGUAUUUUGGUAACUGCAAUGGUCUUAUAGCAGAAGUCCACCAUCCAUCCCCUUUUGUAGCAUAAACAAGCAGCCAUGUGUGCUGUAAAACAUAACACAGAGAAGGGGACAAUCUGAUCUAUUUUAAGUGCAUUUUGCUCAGUUGGAACUUUGGCUUCUUGCCUCCCCAGAGAAAAUCCCCAAGUUUUAUCCAAACCCUGAAGCUGAAAUAACGAGAGGUGACCUUUGGAUGAUAUAUAAAAUGUAUAGGGCCAGCGUGGGGGUGGAGGGAGGAAAGAAGCAGUUUUGAUUCGAUACAGCUUGUUCAGGAGGGAAAGACAGGGACAUCUCCAUCUGGUCAAUUCUUACUCAAUAAGGCAAAUGGGGGUGUGAAUAUUCUUGGUUCAAAGGUGUAAUACAUAAAAUGCCAAAUGACCAUAUGCACUGAAAUCCUAGGUAGUUUAAACUAUGUUAAGAGUGAUAAAGGAGCACUGUAAGAGAGCUGGAGAGAGCACAGCUUGAAAGCUGUGGCAGACAUAUGAUGGGUGGCCUAAAAAUCAAGGCAAUCAAGAACUUUUACGACUUUUACAUUGACAAAUUGUUCAGAUAUUUCCCCUAUCGUGAGGAAAUACGGCAACUGUUUAUCUGGAAAAUUAAAAUUUACAAAUAAUUCACUCCCACUUUAGCUUCUUUUAUUGACAUUUAGGAGCUGAAAAAAGGAGAUCCAGUCAUGGUCAAUGACAUGGUCAGUGUCUAGUGAUUUUAACUUCCUCAGUUCUGGAUGCCAAUUUUCAGAAAUUGCUGAAAAUCCCAUCCUCAGAAAGUGAGCCUCUUUAAGGUGUCACAAAUAUAUAGCUCCCACAAAUAUAUAGCUCCCAAAAUAACUAGUCAUUUUUUAAAAUGCUGACCAGUGUGCUCAAGGGAAUGUUGUAUAAUUAUUACCUUAGGUAGAUGGAUCACUUGAUUUCCUCUUCUGUUGAUUCCCUCUGAAGCGCAUUGGCCACUGUGAGAAGACAAGAUCUGGGCCACAGGGCCAUUGUCCCAGAUCAUCUUUAACUUGAUCCCAGAGAAAUACUAUCAUGAAAUCAAACCGAUUGAUUUCUCAUCAUAACCCAUGAGUUCCAUGGACUCAGACUUAGCAUGCAUUCAUCAUGCUGUUGAUUAACAGAUCAUCUGAUAGUCAUCUAUUUUAUUUAUUUGUUUAGAGUGUGCAGCUAUGGCAUUCUCUGGCUUCCAUUACAGUUUUUCCUUUAUCUAAAGCAAAAUGGCUAUUCAACAGAUCAAAAUAUUGCUCCGUCAUGUCCACUGUGCUGCCAUUCACAUUCAUAGAUAUACCAGAUGCUUCAAAAGAAAUAAUGUGUCCCAUUCACGGUGUAGGGAUCAUGGAAAAAGGAGUUUGGAGGCACAAUAAGCACUGCUUAAUGUAGUGGUAAAAAUUGGAGGCAGAAAAGCUUGAUGUUUUUUCUACAAAAACAAUAAAAAUACAACUUCUCUA